AUGGCUGAGAAAAAAAAAAUGCGCGAGGGAAAAUACCCAGGCAGAGCUCCAGUGGACAAAAAAGUUCUAAAAAAAUAUUACCGAGGAACCGGAGUGGAAGUGCGCCGCAGUAAAACCAAGAUAAAAAACAAGUACAACAUAGCUCGUUUAAAAAAACGAGAAAAGCUGAUCGAGAAAACACUCGAGGACACCGCAAGAGCCGAGUUGCUUCUAACAGAAUCCGGAGGAUACUUAGAAACAGAUGCUGGAGAAACUACGACCCAGUUCCGCCAGACAGAUAUCGCGGCAAACGUCGACAUAACUUCCGCGGCGAAGUUUUUCGACCUGGACCUAGCCUUUGGCCCCUAUUACCCGAAGUACACUCGGAACGGCAGGCAUUUACUUCUAGGUGGUAAGAUGGGGCACGUUGCCGCCUUCGACUGGGUCACGAAGAAACUUUCAUGCGAAAUGAAUGUCAUGGAAUCUGUUCAUGACGUAACUUGGUUCCACCAGGAAACGAUGUUCGCAGUUGCUCAGAAAGAGUGGGUCUACGUGUACGACAACCAAGGGAUAGAAAUUCACUGUUUAAAAAGAAUGAACAGAGCAACUAAGCUGGAAUUUUUGCCGUAUCACUUUCUUCUUUGCAGCGGGUCCAGUGACGGUAAUCUAGCUUGGGUCGACGUGUCCACCGGAGAAUUAUUGAAGCGUUACAAUACUCAAGUCGGAAAGAUCCGAGUUAUGACCCAGAACCCGACAAACGCCCUCCUAUUAAUUGGGAAUUCCAAGGGAGUGGUGUCGAUGUGGUCGCCGAACCUCCAAGAGCCUCUGGUGCGGAUGCUGUGUCACAGACAGGCCAUCAGUGCUUGCACUGUCCAUCCUUACGGGACUUACAUGGCGACUAGUUGUCCAGAUCGCUCGCUAAAAAUCUGGGACGCGCGUCAGUUGACUGGUCCGGUUCAUAACAUCAUGCUGAGGUCUCCAGCGGACAAUGUGGCGUACAGUCAAAAGGGAAUGCUCGCUGUGUCGACUGGCAACGUCGUUGAGGUCUUUAAAGAAAGUGGCGCUGAUAUGAAGCGUUAUUUAAGCCACAGGUCCUCCUGGAAUGUGUCAGGAAUGCAAUUCUGCCCGUUCGAGGACGUUCUUGGUGUUGGCAGUGAGAAGAAGUUCACUUCUCUUUUGAUACCCGGCUCUGCAGAGGCGAACUUUGACGCUCUGGAGAUCAAUCCCUUCCAAACUAAGUCUCAGAGAAAUGAAAGAGAGGUCAAGAGUUUGCUUGAUAAAAUUCAGCCGGAAUUUAUUACUCUCAAUCCGGAAGCUAUUGCGGAGGUUGAUGUUUCUAAGUUGAAGGAAAAAGUUGACGCCAAGAACAAGCUGCCGUUUGUCAAGCCCAAGAAUAUUGAUUUUAAACCUCGAGAGACUAAGGCUAAAGGAAAGGGAGGCACUGCCAAAGUUGUCAAGACUAAGAAGAUUCUCAAGGAACUGGAGAAACGCAAGGAGAUUGAAAGUUUGCCUACUAUUAAGAAAACUAAGGUUGACAAAAAAGUGAAGAAAAAUUAUGGACAGGCUCUUAAUAGGUUUUUACCUAAAUAA